AAGUAUCGUAUUAGUGGUAUCGUACAAAAAAACCCCAACAGAAUAUGAGCUUCAAAAUUUAUGGAUACAAUCUUUGAUUAAACACACACAGUUGCAGUGCAGUUCGUCUGGAUCUGCUAGAUCUACUAGCUGAGCCAGUUCUCUUUCUUGGGGUCCCCCUUCUCGUCGUAUAAAUGAAGGCUUUGAUUGGCAUUCAUCGUCUGUAAAUGAGAAAUGACUGAUGUCGAUGCACUUUGUUGAUUGAACACACCCAUCUUCAAAUUCUCUUGCCAUGGAUCAGACUAACUCUGUGUUUGGGACCUUCUCUGCUCCUGUUACCUCUAGCAGCACAGCAGCGUUUGGCUCAACGUCAGGUGUGUUUGGUGGAAGUUUUGGUCAAGCUCCAGUAUUUGGGUCUCAAAAUUUAUUCGGAUCAGCGUCUUCAACCUCUACUUCAUCAUUUCCUGUGCCUCCCACAACUGGUGGUCAACAGUCACAGAGUCGUGUCAUAAAUUCGACUUCUUCAGUCACAAGUGUUUUUGGCGCUCAGCCUCUGUUUGGUGCAGCUGCACAGAGUUCUGGUGGUAAUACGUCUAGUUCCGUACUUGGGAAAUCUACUCAAGCUGCUACGACUGCGUCAUCUGUGUUUGGUGCAGGGUUUCAGACAUCACAGCCAACAAAUGUCUUUGGUAGUGGGUCAACUUUCCAGACUAGCAGUAUGACUAGCUCUGGGAAAUCCUUUGACACCUCUCCCUUUGGGCAAACAAAAUCAUCUUUAUUUUCUGUUCCAGCUUCUAGUGGUUUUGGAACAUUUCAGACUAAGUCGACAGCUGUGUCUGUGUUUGGAGGAGUUGGUAAAAAUGAGAAGAGCUCUCCAUCUCAGUCUUCAUUGUUUCAGACAGGGAAGUCAACCACAGCUAGUGGUUUUGGGAGCGGGACAUUUUCUAUCUCAAAAUCAAAUAUUCCCUUUGGUAAAGCUGCGACUCAAUUAACAAGCGCACAGCACUCAGCAUUGUUUCAGAAAGCAAGUGGUGCUCAGAGUGUAUCUUCAGCUCCCCAGAAUAUACCAUCAUUGCUCUCUGCCACCCCAAAGUCCAUUCUUGACCCGCAAGUAGCCGGAGAUCCAGACAAACCUCGUCCAACUGCUGUUGGCCUCCCCAUGGUAAAAAUGGAGAAAACAAAAGGCACAGGGUCCCAGGGCCAUCAGUUACUUCAGUCAACAAACACAGACCUUCAGAAACAAAAUUUGUUCAAAGCCAAAGAAACUAGUUCACUACAACCUAAGUCCUUGUUUGGAGGAACUAAGUCUGAAGUGGGUGUCAAAGUAUCGCCAUUUUCCACCCAAGGCCCUUCAUCAUCGACCUCAUCGUCUAAACCAGAAAGCAACCUUUUUGGUGCGAGUCAGAAAUCUUCAGUUCCGUCAGGCAGAGUGAGCUUGUUUGGAAAAUCCUACAACAAAGAGGAGGACCAGGGUGUUGAACAGGCCCACUCCUCUAGCCAAAACUCACCUCGCAAAACUUUGAGCAAAUGGAACCGAUCAAGGGAUGUGGCUGGACCAACAGACAGAAAAAGACGAGAGUCUGAACAUGAAGAUGUGGAACGUGAUCCAACUGAGGUAAAGAGAUCGCGAACUGCUGAUAGUACAUCUGGUACUGAUGGCUCAGGGUCGCUCACUUUGGGUCGAGCCCGCACCACUCGGAAGUCGGUGGAAGACACUACUCGUAUGAGCAUUAUCGUCAAGGAUAUCCCAGCCCACCUCAACAAGGGCACUAUUCUACGCAGACAUUUCUCUCGUUUUGGUACCAUCACUCGGCUGUUGCCUGUUCCAUCUAAAGGUUCUGCCAACAUUACCUUCCAGUCUCAUGAAGAAGCAGCAAUGGCCAAAAGCAAAGGCAGACAGCUGGAGAAGGGAGGUCCACAGCUACAGAUAUUUUGGCGUGCCUCUGGUUCUUCAGUGAAAUCACCAGAAGCUAACAAGCCUUUCAGACUUGCAGUGGCAAAAGACAAGAGAAGCCCCAGUAAAGUAUCUUUGUCUAGUGUGCCUGAGGGUAGUGUCGAGGAUGAGCUGGCCAGCAUGGCUGGGACUGCCGAUGUUCAGUAUGAAAUUGGGCCUGUGCGUAAAGCUCCAAAGGAGCAAAAGAAGACCUCACGUGAGAAACCUCGUCGGCGGUCGCCAACUCCACCACCUUCUGCCCCAGCUCCAACUGUUGUGCCGGCGUCUACUUCUGAUUUAGAUGUUGCUAAAGGUUUAUUGAAAACUUUAUGGGGAAGCAGAGCACCUGAUUCGUCGAGCAAAAUAAAUGUUUUGGACGCACGAGAUAAACUUCUCCGAUUGUUACGAGGACGUCAGCAGUCUGAUUUGGCGUCUGCCAAGGCAUUUGCUGGUGACUGUCCGGAUCUGUGCCCUGAGAAGGAGCGGUAUUACAGAGAGGACAUACGACGACUGGCGCUCUAUGAGGUGAUCCCUGAAACACUGAGCAGCCUGACUGGUCUCAAGAGUGAAGUUGACCAUUACAGGGCUGUGAAAGAAUACAGCAGAUCGUCCGCCGAUCAGGAGGAACCUCUCCCCCAUGAAUUGCGUCCCCUUCCUGUUCUAGUGACCACCAUGACCUAUUUGCUGACAGAGGUGGCUGACGAGGGAGGAGAGGGAAAAUGGGCAGAGUGGUAUGAUUUCCUGUGGAACAGAACCAGAGGCAUUCGUAAGGACAUUACCCAACAACAGCUAUGUGACAUUCAGGUGGCAGAGCUGCUGGAGAAAUGUGCACGUUUCCACGUGUUCUGCUCGGAGCGUCUCUGCGAAGAGGACAUGAUGUCGUUCGAUGCCAAGAUCAACGAUGAGAAUCUCACAAAGUGUCUGCAGACGCUGAAAGAACUCUAUGCUGACCUGGAGAACAAGCAGGGAGUGUUCUGUCCCAACGAGGCAGAGUUCCGUGGAUACAUGGUGCUCAUGAAACUCAACGAGGGAGAUAUCUUGAGGGAAGUGCAACAGAUGCGUCCAGACAUUCGAGAAUCUGCUCCUAUUCUGUUUGCCGUGGAGGCAUACAAUGCCCUCAACUCGCACAACUACGUGCGUUUCUUUCGAUUGAUCCAGAGGGCCAGCUUCCUCAAUGCCUGCAUCCUUCACCGAUACUUCAUCCAGAUCCGUAGCCAGGCUCUACGCAUCAUCAUGAAGGCUCAUGGAGCCCUUGGCAAAAAUAAGAUCAUGUACCCGGUGGCUGAGAUGAUCCGCCUGCUGCGGUUUGAAAGUGCGGAGGAGGUUGAAGAGUUCUGCUACCACUACUGCCUGAGUGUGGAAGAGAGCGACGUUUUGCUGGACGCCAAGGCGUACAUGGAGCCCGAGGGCUCGUUGUCCCAGAGACGAUCACAGACGCUGGUGGAAGCAAAGUGCACAGUGUCUGUAGGGGAGACCAUCAAUGGAUGUCCACUGCCAAUGCUGAUCCUUCCAACUCCAUCCUCAAGUUUUGACGAGAACGGCAAAUUCAUCAUAUCCAACGAGCUCAAGGCAGCCCUCUACUCUAGUGGACUGAAGCUCCAGCCCUCUGCCGCAGACCUGAUGCAGCAGGCAGCAGCGGCACCCCUGCCCCAGCAAAGCCUGCAAGAACCUCAGGGGAGAAGUGAUGAUGGCGGAGGUAGGGGUGGUGGUGGUCAGUCCCAGGGUGCACUGAGGGGUCCGUCACAACUGCCUGAUGCCACGGCCAUGGCCCGAGGAAGGACUGCUUUUUCUAAUGAGGAUAUCAAGAACAUUGCCAGAACUGUAAUCCUGGAGGUUAUUGAUACAGCUACCCUGGAUAUUGCACGAGAAGUGAUGUCAGAGCAAAAGGAACAGGACGCUGUCAUCAGGACUGUCUUCGAUGAUUUGUCUGCUGAUGUCGUCCAAAGUUUGACGCGGUCUUUGGCUAAGGAGGUGCACAAUGAAGAAGAGAGUCGUGUACAACAAGCCCGUGCCAAAGAGAUGGCAGAGCAGAGACAGCGGGUGUUCAACGUGCUCUGUGAGGACAUUGUGGAGGAUGCUGUCAAUGAUAUUGUGCAGGAGGUCGCCAUCAACCAGAUGAACAUUGUUACCCGUGAGUUAAACAGACAGUGUAUGGAAGGUAUGAGCCUGAGCUGUCAGGACAGCCUUCUGUCUGUGGUCACCUUGGAGAUUGCUCAGGAUAUAGCACAGGAAGUCUUCGAGAUAGAUGUUGUAGCCAAGCGAGAAAGACUGGAGGAGACAGAACGUUGUGUCCAACUCAUGAGAUGUCGACGUGUCUUCCAGUUUUGGAGGAGCAGCUACCUGUCUAGAGUCAGAGUAAAGCGUGCUAUGUUGGACUUUCCUAGCGCUCCCCCAACUCGCAAGACAGGGGAACAGCUCAUGCGACUGGUGCCAAACAGACCCGAUACUCGUAUUGUUAACAACUCUUUCUUUAUCAAUGAGAGGGCCCGCCUGUAUGUGUCAUCCCCCAUGGAUGUGAUCCAACAACAGCUUAAGCUGACAGCCAGCCUGUCCAUGGCGUCCGUCCAUCAGAUGCUCCUGGGUCUGCGCAUGUGGCAGCCGCUGGACAUAGUGCAGACUCUGGGCACACAGCUACACAGGGCUUUCGCCCAGUGGAGGGAGGCAGACUGUAUAGAGCCAGACUGUGACUCCAUACACUGGAAGCUCUGUAUGUCUGUGCCCAACAAAAAACUCUGUCAAGAUGAGGAGCAGAAGAAAUUCAUAGACUGGCUGAGAGCGAAGCUGUGCAAAGACGGAGAUCGUGACAAACUUCUGGAAGAAACACCGGGAUACCAGGGAGAGGUGUUGAGUCUUUAUCACUGCCAGUUGGGGGCCCAGAGGGCUCGAGGUCCAACUCUGCGGCUUUGUGUGCGCUGCUUCCAUGGACACUGGAAUGACACUCAUGAACUGAAGGUGCUGAAGGAAGGCGUGUUGAAGGGCUGCACGGGUGUUCUUUUUGUUACUUCACCUGUGGAGCAGCUAAUGGAGGAUCAGAAUCUCUGGCAACAAGACAAGCGGCGGCUACAUCAGGUUCUGAAACAAAAGCCUAAGGUGCCCGCCGUCCCCCUGGUGAUUAUCCUGCCCCGACGGUCAGCACGGGUUACUGUUGCAGUCAGCGAGGUCAGCCAGCACCUGGAUCUAGAAGGACUGGGUCAAGGUCAGCGGGUCAGUGCUGUCCAUCUGGCACAGCCUUACGUGGGUCAAGGUCGGCAGCCUGCCGAUUGUUACAAUGAGUGGACUGAGCAGCUGAGCAACUGCCUGCGCUUCACAGCCAGUCACAUCCCGACUCCAGCGCGGCUGAGGGUGAAGCCCGUCUCGGACUUUGUGGAAGACACUGUGGUGGAGAUGUACAAGGCCCCCGUGUACCAGGAUCUGCGCACACGCCACAGGCACCAACAGCUGCACCAGUCUCCAAAUGUACUAGUUUCCUUGUACAACACAGUCAUAGAACACACAGCCAUGGUGUGUGCGUCCAGCUCUCUGACUGACCUGUCAUGGCCCUCGCCGGAAUUUGACAGCUCAGCUUCCUUGGCUCUUGGAGAACCUCUGUCUUCAUGGAACUCUGAGUCGCACCUGUCAGAUCUCUACGAACUGGUCUCGAGAUUACGCCUGCCAGUGUUCCGCUACCAAGACCUGGAAGCACAGGACUGGACAAGCGUAUGCCAGGAUGUCUGGAACUUUGUUGCGUUGGUGACCAAGAAGGACAGUGGCUCGGCCAAGAUCAGCCUGCAUCACCAAGUCUCUGAUCUUCUGACCUAUGCCAAAAAGACAUUUGACCAGUUCUGUUGGCUGGCCUCUGAAGAUGGACCCUGCGAGCCGACGUACGUGAACAUGGCGUGGACUGAUCUCAUUGAUGCCUGCAUUCAUUACAAACUGGUUUCUCUACGUACAGGGCAUCUCAGGAUAGAAGUAGAGCGUGAUGAGGAUGAAGAGGAGGAGGAAGAGUAUGAAGAAGCUGUGGUCUUUUACAAAGAAGAGGAGCUGGAGGACUGGGAGGCGCCAGUGGCCUGGGUGGACGCUCUGCGUGACACAGAGACAGCGCGGGCAGGUCAAAUUAAACUAACAGUUGUUGAAUCUGCUGUAAAAAGGGACCAAAGUUUGCUGGAAGCUUCACAAAUGAAAGACACUUUAUCAUCUGCAGGGAAAGAUUGUCACUCCCCUCAGACAGAUGCUGAAAAGCUUUCUCCUUCAUGGAGAGACCUAAAGGAACGCUUUGCCCAGGAGCGAGCAAAACUGGACACAUUUGAGCAGUCUCUGUCCAGCAAGUUAUUACAGGGGCCUCUCCCCGCGAACAGCACUCUCAGCCCCAUACCAUUGCCAAAAGAAAGUUUGAGCCGAUUUGACCCUGGGAGUGGAGCUAUGAGUGGCCAGAGGGCGCGUUAUGCCAGCAAGGCUACCACCGAGAGUCAAGAAAAGGGCCACGGAUUGUCUCAAGGACAAAGAUUUGGAUUUGUCAACUCCUCACGGUCACUGGAAGCGUUUACUCCCAAUAUCAAAUCACAGGCUAGAAGUUUGCUGUCAAGUGGUGCAAAAGACACAGAGAAGAUGGAUGAGGAUACUACUGAUACAGAGGAGGAGAAAGGGGAGAAAUAUGAGCUCACUCUGACGGAGGGUGUGUCAAAUCUACAAGACUUAGUGGAGGAACAGAGGAGGGCUGACCGCUUGUUUGAGAUGAGACUGCAGAGAUUGAUGAAUCCUACCCCUUUACUGUGAACUGACAGUCUCUCUCUGUCUCUGUCUCUCUCUCUCCCCCUGCUCUCUCUCUCU